AAUUUUAUUAUGGGUCGAGCGGCGCGCACGGCGAGGAGGGCUCAGCUCGCAUGUGGAAGGCCCUCACCUACUUCGUCGCGCUGCCCGGAGUGGGAGUGAGCAUGCUCAAUGUCUUCCUGAGAUCUCGCCACGAAGAGCACGACAGGCAGGAGUUCGUCGCCUACCCCCAUCUCCGCAUCAGGCCCAAGCCCUUUCCCUGGGGAGAUGGCAACCAUACUCUAUUCCAUAACCCUCAUAGAAAUCCUCUUCCCACUGGCUAUGAAGAUGAGUAAAGAGAACCUGGACCAUCACCCAGGCACCCGGGACCACAGCUUUGGUUUGGCCCAUUCCUCUGCACGUGAACCAGAAAAGUACAUGGGACCUUAAGCUCACUUUCCUUCUUGUAUCAAAUGACAAUUAAACCAUUUUCCAUCACUUUGCUUAUAGCA